AUGAUGCCCACCCACCAGCCCAGGCCCUGGGCACCAGCGGGCUGCUCCUCCCCAACCCGGGGGCCUUUAUCGGAAAAGAUUUGGGUUGGUGGGGAGGAGGGGAGGGGGAAGUUGGAGGCCCCGGGCUCAGGCAAGGUGGGUAGCAGAGAUAGGGAAGUGGGGAAGGGGCCAAGGGGCCCCAUGGGGAGGGGGGGGAUGGGAGGAAUGCCCAGAACCGUCAGGGUGGGGGCGCUCACCAAGCCCUCUCCUGGCUGGCCUGGCCCCCAACAUGGCUGCAGAGCGUCUCCUGCCUCGGCCUUGCCAGGCAGGGCGCCCGCACCUUUAAUUAGCAAGCAGCAGCCUCUCCCCGAUUCAUCACAGUCACUGUUUAAUUAGCCCCGCACGAGGUGCCCCCGCCCCCCACCUCUCUGCCUAACCGCCU